ACGUCACAACCAUGGCGACUGACUCUGCCGUGGAGCUGCUCUUUCUGGAUACUUUUAAACAUCAGAGCGCAGAGCUGACGAAUGUUGAUGUAGUUCGUUUUCCCUAUGGAGUUCAUAUCAGUGAAGUGCGAAUUAUUCCUCCUGGAGUUAGAGCCCAUAGUGGACUGCCCGAAAAUAAAGCGUAUGGGGAAACAUCACCCCAUGCAUUUCAGCUUGACUUGUUUUUUAACAAUGUCAGCAAACCAACUGCACCUGUUUUUGACAGACUAGGAAGUCUUGAUUAUGAUGAGAACAAAUCAAUUAUUUUUAGACCAAAUGGAAAGGUGAACACAGAUGGGCUGGUACUCCGAGGCUGGUAUAGUACUCUCACUUUAGCAGUAUACGGAUCUGUGGAGAAGAUUCUAGUUCACGAUAGGGACUCUUCUCCACCUCCGCCGCCUCCACCACCACCACCUCAACAACCUGGUUUAAAGAGAGGUACUAAACAUGACUGGGAUAAAGAAGAUCAAUACAAUGACAGCCCACCGAGACCACAACCAAGAGGUCCAAGAACACCUCCAGGACCACCACCUCCUGAUGAUGAUGAGGAAGAGACUGUGUCAACAUUAGCUACAGGGAAGGAAGAUGGAAAUGGCAGAGAAGAAUACUUUGAGCCCAUCUCUCCAGACCGAACAUCUAUUCCACCUGAGGAACCAUAUUCAGAUGAGGGUGAUCAAGAAGAAGAUCCAGCAGAAGAUGGAGAGGAGGAUGACGACGAAGAGGUCGAUGGUGAUGAAGAAGAGGAAGAUGAUGUAAGGAAUGUGGGAAGCUUAAUGGAAGAUGAAGAAGAGGAGGAUGAAGAGGACGAUGAGGGUGAUGAUGGUUAUGAGCAAAUUUCUAGUGAUGAAGACGUCAUUACUGAUCUGGAACAUGAGAGUUACAAGUUUCCUACCUUUGAUAUGGAUUACAGAGCCGAGGACUUUGCAUCUGUUCCUAGCAUGCAGUAUGACCCAUAUGAAAGAGAAAUUCGACCUUUGUUGUACUUUAAUCCUCCAUACAGGACUAAGUUUGAAAUUGAAAUAAGUAAAUUAAAGAAUAUAAAUUUUCAUGAAGAUAGCCCUAGUACAGCAGAGCCUUCUGCUAAAUUGACUGAGCUGUUGGAUACUCAUAAAGAUGAUUGGGGUGUCCAGUGGGUUGUUGCACUGGAAGAACUGCCAUGCCUGCUUGUUAAGGGUCUGAGUUAUCUUCAAGCUAAAGAUGCUACAAAUAAUUAUCGUUCUCAGCUAGUUGAGUGGACUAUACAGGCGUUAUCUCUCCAGGUUGCCCUUUCACAGCCUAUUGCACUUAAUGUUAGACAGCUGAAAGCUGGAACCAAGCUGGCAUCUUCUCUAGCUGAGUGUGACUCACAUACUGUCUUAGCCUUAUUGGAGAGUGGUAUUACUAGCAAACUCUUUGAACUGCUCUUUGCAGAGCAUGUGUCCUCAUCCCUGAAAUUAAAUACCCUCAAGUCCCUAGAUAGUGUCAUUAGCUUUUCUGAAGGAAUGCAGGCAUUCUUGAAUGUUGCUAUUAUUGGAAAAGAAAAGAAUGGUUAUCAGAACCUGAUGGAGUUAAUCCUGUUAGAUCAAACAGUACGUGUUGUCACUGCUGGCACAGCAAUACUUCAGAAAGCUCACUUCUUUGAAAUUUUAUCAGACCUUAGGAAGAUAGCUAGCCAAUGGGCAGAGAAAAUUCCUGGAAAUAAUACUGAACGUGAGCCUGAUUCUGACAGUAACCAUGAGAAGGUAGGCAAGGAUGAUGAGGGUGAAUUGGAGGCACAACUUGAUAUGGAUCAUUUAUUGGCAUCUUCUAAUAUAAGUGAAUAUGAUCUGGAGAAACUGCUUGAAAUUCUUGAUGAAAUCCUGCAUUUGAUGGAGACUGCACCACAAACCAUGGUUCAACCACUUGUAAAGUCAUUCCCGACCACAGCUCGCAUCACUGGACCCCCAGAGAGAGAUGAUCCAUACCCAGUACUGUUCAGGUAUAUGCACAGCUGCCACUUCUUGGAAAGCCUUACGCUUGUACUCUCGAUUCCAGCAGCAAGUGUUCAUCCUGGAAUUGUACAGGCAGUGAAAGAUCUAUUAAAGUUUCUUUCUCAGACACAGAAAGGGUUGUUGUUCCUUUUAUCAGAGCAUGAUACUACCAACCUGUUGAUGAAAAUACUAGCCCAGAUUUUGGAACAAGAUAUUGAAGAAGGAAUUCAGUCAUAUGGUGCUGGUGAUGAUACUUUUGCUAUGUGGUUGUUACAGGCUUUGCACACUCUUCAGUGUGUAGCUGAACUUUUUGACCAUUUCAGCAAUGUCAACUGCACAGAAGAAGGAGACAGUCCAGACCUGCUAGGAACUUUGCACAAUCUUUAUCUGAUUUCUUUCAACGCAAUGGGGAGGUCUGCUGUUUCUCAUGUGUUUAGCUUGGAGCAGAAUUUCUCCUGUUUGGUUACCCUACUGGAUCAGUUUUCCAAGGAAGGUCUGGGAGAUGCAAAGUUGAAGAAGUCUGUGACUUACAAUUACGCGUGUAUGCUUAUUUUGUUGGUGGUUCAGUCCUCCAAUGAUGUACAAAUGCUGGAGCAGUUUGCCUCCUCAUUGUUGAAGGUGUGUAAGGCUGAUGAAAAUAACCCCAAACUUCAAGAGCUCAGUAAAUGGCUGGAACCUCUGGAGAAGCUCCGCUUUGAAAUUAGUUGUAUUCCAAAUCUUAUUGAAUGUAUUAAACAGAAUCUGGAUAAUUUGUUAACUCUGGAAGGAGCUGGACUGAUGACUGCUCUCCGUGUUCUUUGUCACAUUACCUGUCCACCACCAGCGAUUGAAGGACAGCAGAAGGAUCUCAAAUGGAACCUUGCUAUGAUUCAGUUGUUUUCUGCUGAGGGCAUAGAUACGUUCAUAAAAGUACUGCAGAAACUGAACGGUAUCUUACUCCAACCUUGGAGGUUACAUGGUAACAUGGGAACCAUUUUGCAACGACUUAUGAUCCUUUCUGUAGCAGGGUGCACCUUGCGCCUCCUUAAGUGCAUGCUUACUGAGCUGUUGAGGGGUGGCUCUUUUGAAUUUAAAGACACACGAGUGCCCAGUACACUUGUUACACUGCACAUGAUCCUGUGUUCAGUUCCAGUUUCUGGACGUUUAGAUCCAGAUGAACAGAAGAUACAGAAUGACAUUGUUGACAUUCUACUUACAUUUACUCAAGGAGUUAACGAGCAAGUUACUGACACUGAAGAGACUUUGGCAAACAAUACGUGGUCUCUGAUGCUGAAAGAGAUGCUGUCCUCUGUUUUAAAAGCUCCAGAAGGGUUUUUCUCUGGACUUGCACUUCUUUCUGAACUAUUGCCACUUCCCCUUCCUAUGCAAACAACUCAGAACAUUUCUUCACAAGACAUUGCAGUGGCACUAAAUACAAGGAAACUGUGGAGCAUGCAUCUUCAUGUUCAUGCUAAACUAAUCGAAGAGAUUGUGUGUUGCUUUUCUGGAACAGCAUGUCAGCCAGUGGUUCAUAUGUUAAGACGAGUGUGCGUUCAGUUAUGUGACUUGGCAUCUCCAACUGCACUGCUUAUUAUGAGGACAGUACUGGACUUGAUCAUGGAAGAGAUACAAAUCUCUCCUGAAGGAAAGGAAAAGGUUUGUUCUGCCCAAACUACACGUCUGUUUGCACUUUUGGAUUCUCUUGCCUCACAUCGAUCUUGUAAAGUGGCCAUUUUGCAUCUCAUUAGUUGUGCCAGUAAAGGAGAUGAGAAAUAUCCCGAAUUAUUUCAGAAUAUAUUAGGACUGUUGCAGUUUUCAAGUGACAGCAAUAUUCAUCAGCAGCACUGUGCAGAAUUCAUUGUGACCCUCAUCCAGUCUCUUUGUGACCAGGAUAUUGCUCUGAUUGUUGCAAGUUCUUUGGAUGGCACAAUUUCAGAGACUGAACAGCUAGCCAGUGCUCUGCCUUCUAAGGAUCUCUUGUGCACUAUGUGUGAGAGCAUGCUUGAAUUAUUUAGUAACACAGAAAGCAGCUACACCUUAUUACUCACCUCUAUUAGAACAAUGAUGUUUUUGACAGAGCAUGAUUAUGGAUUCUUUCAUCUUAAAAGUUCCCUUAAGAAGCAUAAUACUGCCAUCUACGGUCUUCUGAAAAGAGUGGUUGGUGCUUUCAACAAAGACGCUGCUGAGCUUGUCUCUGCCCUCCUUGAUUUUCUAAGACAGAUUCUGAACACAGAUUCUGUGGGUUGUUGUGCAAAUGAAGUAACUACCACCAUGGAUGCUGAUGGAAAUGGUCCAACACGCUUGUUAGCUCUCAGCCCAAUGGAGAUGAAACAGCUUCUGCAAUGGAAACUUAAUGACCCAGACCACCUACUUCUUGACUUAGAAAAACAAGUAAUGGUAAUACUGGAACACUCCAAAGAUGAUGAACGCUUAGAGUCAUUACUGGAGAAUACAGCUGGACUGCGUCAAAUCCUGGAAGGUUGUAGUGACAAAACUGCUUCGAAUGAAGUGGAUGUAGAACCUUUGCUACCAGUAGCUGAAAGCAUCCAAUCCCAGUUCAAUAACAGGACAGUGUAUGUUUUGUCAGAUGUCUUUGAUGACCAAAUUAAAGCUCUUUGGUUUUCACCAUUUCAGACUGAGGAGAUUGAUGCAGAUCUGGAUGUGGUUAAAGUUGACUUGGUUGAACUCUCUGAGAAAUGCUGUAGUGAUUUUGAUCUGAAAGCAGAACUGGAAAGAUCAUUUUUGUCUGAACCCACAUCUCCUGGACGUGCAAAGGCACCCAAAGGCUUUAAGCUUGGAAAACACAAGCAUGAAACCUAUAUAACGUCAAGUGGAAAGUCUGAAUAUAUUGAACCGGCCAAACGAGCUCACAUUGUUCCUAUCCCAAGAGGACGGGGAAGAGGAGGAUUUGGACAGCUCUGCAGACCUCAUGAUAUUUUUAGGCAAAGAAAACAAAACACUAGUAGACCCCCAUCAAUGCAUGUUGAUGAUUUUGUAGCUGCAGAAAUCAAAGACAUUGGACCAGCAACUGGCUUGCUGCCAGCAAAAAGGACUCCUAAAGGGUCUCAGAAGGUUUCUACACGGGGAGUGUUCUCUGGCAACAGAGGCGGCCGAGGAAUUUUUCACAGUCAAGCUAGGUUCUUUACUCCACCUCUUCCCAAAGUUAAUUAUAAUCGACGAGAAGUUGGUCGUGGAUCUAGCUGGAGUGCCCUAGCUCUUCCUGUGGCUCACCGAGUGGCAUACGGUGAUGGUAGAGGAGGUCAGAGCAACUUCAGCAGAGCGCCACCCCCAUCCAGACAGGCCCCAGCAGGAGCCUACCGACUGACUCCCAGGGACCGUGUUCCACGAGGCCGAGGGGCCGGACCCUCCUGGUUAAGCAGUAGUGGCAUUAGUGGAAGUGGUGGCAGUGGUGGAGGCUCUAGGGGCAAGUUCAGUGGACCGGGCAGUAGUGGAAGCAGAGGAAGACAUGUUCGAUCCUUCACCCGCUAAGCAUGAGGCUUACAUACUCUUGACUUGAGUAGCAAGGAGAACUCUGUAUGCUAUGGAUGCGAGAAAUAUUUCACUCUGAGGAUUUGGCAUUCAGCCAUUGUGAAGUUGAAACACUGAAGGACCAAUGCCAGUUUCAUUGUGUGUUCAUGGACAAUAGAAGUAGUUUCUUUUGUUUGAAGACAUUUUUUUUCUUCCCCUCACGAGAGGUAAGAUUUUCAAUAAAAAAAGAAAAAUGUAAA